UCCUAACAAUCCAAAAAUUUUCGAAAACAUGACGAAAUGGUAUCUAACUUUUCUCCCUACCCGAGCUAUCCCUGAUACAUACCGCCAAAAUUAUGAAUAUCAAUAUUUAAAUGAUUUGUUCCACUGUUUAUGCACAUGUCCGCAAAUGUUGUCCGCAAAAAUUUUGAAUUUUUGUUUCCAUAUACCUAAUUUAAAAUCAAAAAUUUUUCUGAUUUUCCGAUAUCAAUAUUCCAAGAUAUAUUUUCAAGUUAAAUAAAAAUAUUCUUUCUUCAUUCCAUCAAAAAAAUUUCCUCCCUCCCUCCCUCCCUCCCAUAUUCUUUUACUUUUUUUUGUAUCUCAACUUUUCCCAAGAAUCAAAACUCUCUAAAUUUCAUGUUCAAACACCUGCCUAUAUUUUCCUAUUUUCUAGUCAUCUGACCUGGAAGAAGAUACUUUUCAAUACUUUCACAAAAAAAUUUUUUUUUGAAGAAUGCCGAUACUCUUUUGAAAUUUUUCUUUUGUGUUUAAACAAUUUUUCAUGUUUCUCUUUUAACAAUAUUUAAUUAUAAUACAUCUAUUAUAUUUAUUUUAUUAUAUUUUAUUCUAAUUAUUAGUCAGGCAAAAUUUUUAUAUAAUUUUUAUAAUG